ACUACUCUCUAGUAGAGGUACUUCCCACCACGGUCACCACCCAAGAGGCCAUGACCCAGUCACCCAGGACCCAAACGCCAAGAGGGAAACCCCUGGAGCCCGCCGGCCCAUCAGUGGUCAGCGACUCCGAAUUCCGGACCCCGGGGGGCCGCCAGCCUUUCUAUCAGCACAAAAGAAAAUCAAACAUCAUGACGUAA